AUGGGGGACCCAACCUGCUGGUCUGGACAAUUCCAGCCGCAGCUAUGCUGUGACACCGCGACCCACGGUGCCCGGGGAAACCUCAGAUGCUGGGACGAGGCCUUUACCUUCGAGCGGUGCUGUCCGCCUUUGGAGCCACCAAGCAAGGUUGGAUCCUGCUGGUCUGGUGGAUUCGGCCCAGAGCUGUGCUGCGCCGAUGGGAAGACGACAGACUGCUGGGACGAAGUUUACACCUUCGAGAGGUGCUGCCCUGGGGUUCAGUCCCAAAGCUCCCUGGCCUGGUGGCUACUCCCCUGCCAGCCGCAGUGCCUGGAUGACUGGAGCUUCCAGGAGCUGGGGAUCCUUGCCAUUGCCCUGCUGCUGCCCUGUGUGCUCUAUCUGCUCAGCCAUUGCCGAGCUGGGAGGAUCGGAACUUGGCUCGCCUCUGGAGGAGUUCUGCUUCCGCAGCGCAGCUGGGCACCCGACUUCUUUCGAUUGCUUUGUCUCGGUUCCCAGAUGUCCAUCCACUUCUUGCAGCGCGGACGGAAGGUGCUCUCGGCCUACCUCCUCAGCCAACAGGAUGUCGCACGAGCAGGCAUCGCCAAGCUUUGGUUGCGCAAGGCUUUGCGUCAGGCGCCUGCCGCGAUUCUGACCGGAUUGAUACACGCCCAGGCAGUCCCUCAGCUGUUGGAGUCCGCUGCUGGCUGGGCCAGAGCUCCAAAUGCGGCCAUCCGACAUGAAAUGGCUUGUUGGUUGCUGGUCUCGCUCGGACUCGCACUGGGCAGCAAAGCGCUGAGGUUCGUAUAUGGACUUGGGCUCAGUCUUCUUGUGCUGCACUUCGGCAUCCAGUCUUGCAGAGUCCACGAUCUGGUGACUCUCAGUCGGAAGAUGACGGAUCAGACCUCUGCACAAGCACUGAUGGGGGAGCUCUUGCCGCUUUACCUCCUCGCGUUUGCGUUGUCAAAUCUGCCGCCUUGGCGACCACUGCCACCCAUCCUCGGUCUACUCUUUGGGGUGCUGGGCAGUGGUUGGCUGUCGACACGAUUGGUGAGCAAUGUGGGCGGAGAUUCGCCACCCUACAUGGACCCUCGGCUCUAUGUUUGGGUGGAUCUGCCCUUCUUGUUGGGAACCGUCUACUUCUUGAAAGCUUCGGAGACCGAGACGAGGUGCUCGGGACAUCUCAUGGGCGUGGUGGCAUCUUCCAGUCUCAUGGCACAGAUGAUUUCCCAUCGGAUUUUGCUGGAGUGGGUGGCUGCUCUUCGAGGUGGUGAGAAGACGUCCAUGGUGGACGCCCUCUUGUCACUCCCAGGAUUCGGCCUCCUCUCCAUAUUGCUGGCUUAUGUGAUGACAGUCCUCAUCGGAAUUCCGGGGACAUGGCUUCUAGGCAAGUUGGUAACGCCUUGGUUCUCCCCUGCUGCAAAUUUCUUCUUCGCUGCCUACGUGCUGUUCUUCGCGGCUUACGUGGUCAUCGAAGAGGAGCUUCUCACCAAGGUCUUCAGCAUUGCGAGACAAGGAAUGGCCUUUCAUGGCGCGUGCCCCAUUGCGGUUUUCGUGAAGGAGCCGAGCCUCCUUCUGAGCAGGGCCUCUUGGGCCAUAGCAGGCGAGAGGGCUGACAUGGUGGAAGGCUCUGGGUGUGCGACGCAGGCUUUAGCACGGACCCUCACCUUGAAGGUCUGCACGCUUCAGCGACUGGAAGAGCAAGCCGCACGCACGGAGCACUUCCUGUGUAGGCGCGUCAGGGUUGGCUCGCACGAAGUCUCGGCGAUUUGUGUUCUUUACACGACUCUUGGAUUCUACUCGGCCGAGUAG